CUAACCUUAAAAAAACCGGGCGUUCUGAGAUGCGCGUGCAACGUUGAUGCACAUACAAAAACAGAAAGAACAGAAAUGAAAGUAAUUAAAAUGUCCGAAGCGGAAAACAUGACAAGCUCGAAAGAAUUGAAAGAGACUGGGAACACAAGAAUUUGCAGAAGAUGUGGAACAGCGUGCGAUCCUCAUAGCAAGCCGGGGUUAAGUUGCAGCGGGUGUGAUGAAAACGUGCACAUAGAAUGCUUGAAAAGAGGCAGUCUUCCAGGUUCUUUUGUGGGAGAUGUUUUCUUCGAACUUACUUGCGCCUCCUGCAGCCCGUUGGGCGAGGAGACGGUGAUACGUGACAAAAUGCCUUGGCUCACUGUCAUCGUCUUGACACUUUACAAUCUUCGCGAAAGAUCCAGCGGCAUUAGUAAACGGGGAUACUUUCACUGGAAAAACGACAUCAGUACCUUUGUGGAAAAGCACUGGGACGUACUGUUUCAAAAGACUGUGAAGAAAAAGAAAAACUGGAUUGGCACCAUAUCUGGAACACUGUCCCAUUAUAAUAAGGCUUUUUUCAAAUCUGGUACCAAGGAAUUACAAGAAACUGGAUGGUGGAAACUGUUGACCAAUGAUCCUCCUGAAAUUCUUAUUGCCAAAAAUAGCAAAAUGAUCAUGGAUAAAAAGAAAAACUCCAAAUUAUCUGACAAAUCGCUGGACAGUCCUGUAACAUCUGAUUCCAGUCUUUCCAUUGGAGACGACAGCAAUUGUAGCAGUGACCUAUUUAGAAACAGAAACUCAAUGUAUUCUUCUAUGUAUGUUCAACCUACAGAGACAAUAUCUGAAUUUCUUCUAGAAGAUGAAGAGCCAACUGAUAUGGAGGAAGACAUAAUGUUACGGAAUGAGAAUAACGUUCCAUCUAUCUCUGAGUUGAUACAACAUUGUCAAUAUGAGAACAGCUUCUCAGACUUGAUGGAUAGCUGCGACUGGUGGAAUCCGAUUGCUUUAUCGCCAACUUGCAUCGGCGACGAUAUUAAGAAACAAGAAGGAUACAACGACGACAGCAACAGCAACAGUUCCAUUUCCAUGCACGAACAGCUUCCCGUUUCUCUGUUCAAAGUGACAGAACACCGUCAGUGGCCUUGGUCCAAAUCAUUUACCGGUAACAAUGAGAAAAUGGCACAUAUGACCCGUCAGGAAGAAACGUAUUUAUUGCAAAAGCUCAGUAAGACUGAUCUCGAUAAAGCACCGCCGGCCGUUCGAAGACAGUAUAGAAAGUUGGCCUUGCGGAAAAGAAAGAGGGAAUACGGUCUCCCUUUGUUAGACGUCGAUCACUUUGGAUCGAAAUCAGGAUCGGAAGCGAUGCCGUCGAGAGACAACGGUCGGGUGUUGGAUCGAUUCUUCAGCAGCGACGAUCUAGGAUACAUUUUCGAGCAGAAGCUGCUCGGUUACAACGAGUCCACGUUCGUGUACAGUCCGUACACGCACAGACGAUUAAAGCCGUUCAUAAGAAGGGACACUUCUUGCGACCCGCUGUGGCUGAGAAUUAUGGAUGAACUGUGCAGGAAAGUAAAUAAAAACAAUUCACUUUGGAAACCGUCUCCUCGGGCGUCUGUCGAUUAUUCCUACGUCAGACCGCAACACAUCCCCGCGAUCAACAAUCUUUGCAGACAAUUCUUUUGGCCUGGUAUAGACUUGACCGAAUGCCUGCAGUAUCCGGACUUCACGUGCGUUGUGUCAUACAAGAAACUCGUCAUCGGUUUUGCGAUAUUGGUCCCGUACGUCAGCUACAACGAGGCGUACAUCUCGUUUCUCCUGACACGUCCGGAAUGGCGAAAAUCCGGCAUCGGCACGUUCAUGUUGUACCACUUGAUACAAACCUGUUUGGGACAGGACGUCACGUUACACGUGUCCGCUACGAAUCCCGCGUUGAUAUUGUAUCAGAAGUUUGGUUUCAAGAUACAGGAAUUCGUUCAAGACUUUUACGACAAGUACAUGCCGCCCAAUUCGCGAGAAUGCAGACACGCUCUGUUCUUACGUUUAAGCAGAUGAGUGGACAAAAUGUAAAAAAUGUAAAA